GGGGAAAACCACCCACUCUCACUCUCUCUCUCUAGGGGCCUAUUAUAUCCAUCCCCCUUCUCUGCCCCUACCCUGCCAUCCUCUCAAAGCAGCCGGGAUUUUAGGGUUAGGGUUAGGGUUUCUCUGUUUCUAGCGGUCGGUUACCGAGGAGAAGAGAUCGAUCCAUCCUCGAUCGGCCGAUAGAUAAGGUAAUAGGGGAAGGAAGGAAGAAAGGAGGAGGGGUAGGAGAAGAAGAAGAAGGCCGCGGCAGAAGCAGCGAUGACGGGGAAAGCGAAGCCGAAGAAGCACACGGCGAAGGAGAUCGCAGCGAAGGUUGACGCGGCGACGACGAACCGCGGGGGUGGGAAGGCCGGGAUGGCUGAUCGGACGGGGCAGGAGAAGGGGGGCCAUGCCAAGCUGGAGUGCCCCUUCUGCAAGAUCACCGCCCCGGACCUCAAGUCCAUGCAGAUCCACCACGAGGCCCGCCACCCCAAGCAACCCUUCGACGAGUCCAAGCUCAUUAACCUCCACGCCGGCCAUGUCGCCGAAACCUCCAAGCCCCGGCCCGGCGUCCGUGGCUCUUUCAAGAAGUGAUCGAGUUUCGGCAUACCAUCGAGCACCUGGUCACCAGCAGGUAUACUAUAAUAUACUAUACUCUCGCGUCGCCAUCCUCUAAUGCCUUGCUUCGGUGCUGGUGGCUCUUGCCGGUGGGCUGUUGGUGACCUGCUAUUAUUAUGAUGUUGUCUAUGGUAUUAGAUCUGGAGAAAGGAAGAUCUUUUCUUUUUUUUCCUGAUGAUGUGUCGACCUGUGAUCUUCUCUGUGGUACUUCUACCUUAGGACGUAGGCCCCUGCAGGUACUCUUCUAGUUGCUGGAGACUUCUGUGAAUAAUAAAUUUGUAUUAGCUGGAUGCGUGGUGACCAAAUUUUAUGUUAUCAUUACAUCUUGUUCUGAUUUUUCUGA